AUGAAAGUCAAAGAAGAGUCGAUACCAUUGAGAUUCGGAUGCGAUGAUCACUGGCACUGGGAUUGCAAUGAUAAGUCAAAUGAGGUUGUGAUGUAUGGACCAGAUCUGGUGACCGCACACUUCCAUCCGAAAUGGAGUAACGGAACCGCUGCUGUCAGAGGCACCAGAAUUGUUAAUCGGUGUUCCGCAAGAUUUUAUUGGGAAAUAGAGAUAAGCGACCGUAUAUUUGGCACAAGUAUGAUGUUUGGUGUGGCCACCAAAUCGGCCCGACUUCACGCCGACUCGUUUGUCAAUAUCGUUGGCGAAGAUCAGCAUAGCUUUGGAUUAUCACACAAAGGUCUGCUCUGGCAUAACGGUCGCUGGCAGUCGUAUACCCGACCAUUCCGUGAAAACGAGUCGACAACUGUCGGACUGUUGUACGACUCGAGAGAGGGAACACUCAGUUAUUUCAAAGAUCGGAUAUUUCUGGGCAUUGCCUUCACUGGUCUUAAUCUCAUUGACGACGACUUGUAUCCCAUAAUCAGCUCAACGGCAGCAAAGACUGAGAUGACUGUCAGUAAUAUGCGUCGAGAAUAUUAUAAUCUACAGGACAGAUGUCGGGAUGUAAUCUUGAGGAGUGUCCAAAACAGAUCCGAUGUAAUGCUACUAAAGCUGCCGAUGGUUAUGGAAAAAUACUUAAGAAACGUAUCCAUCGAUGAUGAUGACGACGGCCACCACCAUCACCAUCGCAAUCAGCACAACAGUAGACACCGAUUGUUAAGACAACAGCAGCAACAACAACAACAACGCAAAUCAAUGGCAAUCAGCGGAUCAUCUGGUGAUCAGCAGCAGUCAAAAGAGUCGUCGUCGUCGUCGUCAUCGAUGACACACUUUCAUCAUUCGCUGUAUUCCUCCUCAUCCUCCUCCUCCUCGUCCUCGUGUGCCGACUCGCGGAACCACUGGAAUAAUCGGUAUAAUCAUUCAAAGACACCAUUCCUCGAGCUUUGA